AGUUUAUGCUUUUAAGUCAAGUGUAAAAAAUGGCUUGUUUAGGAAAUGGAACAAACAAAGAGAAAAAAAGGUCAAAAAGAGAAUAAAGGCAGUGACAAAUAUGCUGAUAAAAAUGAAAUAGAAAAUAUAAAAAAAGAAACAAAAAAACUGAAGGAAAGUACAAAAUACGAGAAAGAAGAAGGAAAAGAAGAUAACAAAGUAGGUAAUGAAGAUAUAAAAACAGAAACAAAGAAGAAGGAAGAAGAGAAAGAGAAAACAAAAAAAGAAGAUAAAAAAGAAGCUGAAGAAAAAAGUGAGACAGAAAAAAGACAAGAGGAUAAGAAAGAAGUUAAAGAAAAAAAUGAGAAAGAAGAGGCUAAUGGAGAUAAUAAAGAAAGCAAAGAGAAAACAAUAGAAGAAGAAAAGAAGAAAAAAGAAAAAAAAGAAGAAAAGAAAGAAAGCAAAGAAAAAACGAAAGAAGAAGAAAACAACAUGGAAAUUAAAAAUAAAAAGGAGAAUGGUGAACAGGACAUUGAAGAUAAAAAAAAAGAAAAAAAAGAAACUAAUGCUGAAUGUAGUGCUACGGUAAUGUGGAAUUCAAAAAUCCAAAAUCCAUUUACUGAAACUAUUGACUUUCAAUUGGAAAUUGCCAAGGAAAGUAAACUUGUCGCUGGAGAUGUUGCAAGUAUAAACCUACCUUCACAGGUAUCUAUAACCAACGAUUCUGGCUUCUUGAUAGACCAUUCUGUAACUAUCCUUGAUACCAGUGUGGAAAAUGAGAUAAAUGGUAUGGAAAGUAAAGGGCCAAGCGAGGAUGAGAUUCCCAAUUUUGUUAGCAGCACACCUAGUGGUUCAAGAAAUAUUAUGCCUCAAGAUUUAUACUUCAGUGACAUAGAUGACUCUAACUCUGAUAAUGAAACUAUUUACAAUAUUCACUUGCCAAGUAUGGAACUUGUUGCACCGAAAAUUGCAGGGCCGUUCAUUUGUGGAUGUAAGCGACCAUUUAUUACCAAGUUGAUGUAUCAGCUGCAUUCAGAAAAGUGCAUUAAGGGAAAGGAACAAGGAAAAAAAGAAAUUGGGAAAGACAAAAAGGACGAUCCCAGAAGAAAAAAUGGGAAAAGUAGAAAAGAAACAGAACAAAGUAAAAGUAAUGAAAACAGGAAAGUUUUGGAAAAACCAAAUGGAAAAGAGAAAGACGGAGAAAAGAGAAUGAAGGAAAGUAUAGCAGAAACAAAAGAAGGUACAGGAAUAGAAUGGAAAAAAACAAAUGAAUUUAAAGAAAUGAAAAAUGAGAAAAAGAAAAAUGAAGAUAAAAAAGAAGAAGAAACGGUUCCAUAUAAGAAACCUUACCGUUUUUGUGUUUUUUGUAAGAAGAUGUGCUCUAAACUUACUGAUCACAUUAAAAAUUGCCAUAAAGAACUAGAGGUAGUAAAAAAAACACUAAUGCUGAAAAAAAGAGAGCGUGUGAAUGCUUUUCAGCAGAUGAAAAGAUUGGGGAUCAAAGAAUUUAAUGAAAAAGAAGCUGUUAAAAAAAAUCCGAUAUAUCAGGGUGAGAAAAAAAGAAGAAAGCAUCAAAAAUUGGUUAGAUGUAGUAUUUGUUCUGCUUUUAUAUCAAAACGAUUUUUCUCGACCCACAAACACCGUUGCUCUAAGAAGUUCGACUCUACUGCUGUGCCGAUACCGUUGCUUGAAGACUGCCUAUUAACAUCAACAAGGUUAAGCGAUGAAUUUAUAAUUGACGUUUUGGGCAAGGUCAGGGAUGACGAAUUGGGAGGGAUUGUACGAAAGGACGAAUUCAUCCUGUACUUAGGAUACAAACAUUAUAACAAGAACAAACACAAGAAAAGCAAAAUUGCGACUGUAAGAAAAACUGCUAGAAGUGAAAUGAGGCUUUUAGCCCAAAUGUAUAAGGCUGCAAUAUCGUUUGCAGGCUUUAUGGGCACUAAUGGUAACGUUAUCGAUUUAUUUUGCCGCGAGAACUUUCACCAUUUGUGUGAUGCGGUGGAGAUGAUAACUCAACGUGAGACUGGAAAGAUGAAGGCUGGUCUUAGGCAUAAAGCCUAUUAUCUUAUAAUUAAAUCUUGUAAAAGGCUACGUGAACGCUUUUUUAUUGAGAAGAAAGAGAAUCUAUCAAAUGAGAUUGAUUCAUUUUUAAAAUCAGUUAAGUCGAGCGAGGAUACAUUUCUCACUAGUGCGCAAUAUUUAUUGGAGAACGAAAAGCUGAGGAAGACAAGAAAACCAUGCCAGUUACCACUAGAAGAAGAUAUAAAGAAACUCCAUGCUUUCACAUUAAACCGCAUCAAACAUUUAACAAAUGAGUACACUCUGAUGACACCAUCAACCUUUAUAGAACUUCGUAAUGUCACCAUGGUACGUCUGACUCUUUUAAAUGCAAGACGGGGAGGAGAGGUAGGUCGUCUUUUACUCAGUGAGUGGGAUGAAGCAGAAAAGGAUGGAUGGAUUGAUCAACAAAGGCUACAAACGUUAACUCUAUCGGACCGAAUGCUUUUCAAAUCAUUAAAAAUUGCCUAUUUAGCUGGAAUAGGAAAUAAACACAUUGUGUCAAUGAUAGUUCCAAAUGACACAGUUAAAGCCAUGCAGCAUCUCUCCAGAGUCGAUUUUAGAAAAAGUGCUGGAGUUGCUAAGGAUAAUAAUUUUUUAUUUGCAAGUACACAGCUCUCAGACGUACAAUUUUCUGGGUGGCAUGCUCUCAAAGGUGUAUGUUCUAAAGUAACAGCAUUGAAAAAACCAGAGCUUAUAAAUUGGACCAACAAUCGCCAUAGAGUCAGCACCAUUUACGCUAGUUUGGAUAUUGCAGAGACUGAUAGAGAGCUGUUUUACAAGCACAUGGGCCACUCCGCCCAGAUGAACAAGGAAGUGUACCAAUCACCAUUGGCAUUGCUUAGUGUUACAAAUGUUGGAAAAAACUUAAUAGAUAUUGAGACAGGAGACCAUAGAAAACGUGACAGAACAAAAAGAGAAUCCAAAAUUUCUCCAUUUCCAACAAGAGCUUUAAAGCGUUUGAAACGGAUUGUGGAUUCGAGUUCUGAUGAGUACGAGUAUGAUGAUGAACAUAUUGAUGAUACCAAUAGUGAAGACGAUGACACAUUGAAGACGACUGUAAAUAAAAAAGGAAGUAUGAAAAUAAAGUAUAAUUUGCGAGCAAGCGUUACCGGGGAUAAUACCAGCAUUGACGACAAAGACAGAGCUGAGGAAUAUAGAAGUGACGAUUGUGGCUCCUCUAGUGCAACAAAAAGAAAAGAAACAAAAAGUGCCAAAUGGGACCAGUUCAACGAGACUUUUAUGAAGACUUUUGGUGGGUUUAUAAAAAGAACUGAGAGAAAAGCUAUGCCUAGUAGAGAAGACAUGGAACGUUUCAACUUGAAAUACAAAACAGGUUUUCAUUGGACCGCAGUUCGGACGAAAAUUAAUAAUGAGCGCAAAAUGUUCGAUCUGACCAAGAAAAGACGGCUGUGUGAUUUAGGAAUACCCUUAUGUACAAAAUAAAAACAUUUCUGGAAACUAGGCGACAGAAAGUAUUGCAAGAGUGCUUAAACGAUUUAUGUAAUAUUUAAUCUUAAAACUUUGGAAUUUUUAUGUUGUUCACAUUUUUACUUAUUUUGCACUGCAGAGAUAAUCCACACCGAGGGUUGAACAAUAAAUUCGAUU